GAGAGGAUUAUAUCCCGAAUAAAAGGAGGACGCAGUAGUUCCCCCAACCAAACAAGCCCCAAGCCAAAAGCUGAUUCCGUCUUUCUCCUCCUCCAGACUCCCGCGCUCUCCCUCUCUCGCUGGAAUCUCCACCCUCGUCACAUCCACUCGCUCCUCCUUCCCGCACUUCGGCUCCACCUUCCUCGUCUGACUCGCUUCUCUGUUCCCUUGGCUUCCUUGAAUUGCUCUCGGUUGAUUGUGCGAUUAGAGAGCCUAGCAUCGGCUUCCAGGAGCUCGAUGUCCAGAUGAGCGGCUCAAGGGAAGAUUCGCCCGACUGGCUCCGUGCUUUCAAGGCGCCUACAAAUUCAACUGUCACACUGUCCUCUGAUUCUGAUUAUUCUCAAAAUGACAGUCCAAAAGAGGAGGAUAAUGUAGAUAGUGAUAAACUGCCUUUACGUAAGUUCAUUGAAGUCUCAAGUAAGAGCAAAUCUCCAGAUUUAGCUGUUAAAGAGAUUAGUGCACAUUCAGCCGAGAAGAUUCUAAAAGAGGAGUCUCCUAAACAAAUACUUGGAGUAGAGGAUCCAGGAUUCUCGAAAAGUAGGAAAUCAAAUUAUCGGAAGAAAAGUGAAGGAGAUCGGAGGCUUGGAAAGGUUAGGGAUAAAGUAUCAGCUAAAAAGCAGGCACCAAAUCAUUCAAUUUGGACAUUGUCAUCAGAUUCGGAGUCAUCUCCUGCCAAUCACAUAAAAAAAGAAGGCAUUGCAAAUCAUGAAGAACUUCCUGAGCUGAAAGCAUCUAGAUUCCAAGAGGAAGAACCGGGAAAAGAUGCAUCUCUUAUUGAUGCUAAUGCAAAAUCUCCAUCAAGAAAGGCCUUAAAAGGAAAAGGUUUGAGGAAACAGCUGAAGUUGGAGGACCCACUGGAUUUUGAGAGUAAAACAGGGGAUGGAAGAGAUGUUGAAGUUGCAGAGGAAGAAACAUCUGAGAAGCACAGAGAACUGCAUGUGGCCUCUUCAAGAUUGCCUUUGGUGCUUUCAGAGAAGGUUCAACGUUGCAAGGCGCUUGUUGAAUGUGAAGGGGAUUCCAUAGAUUUGAGUGGUGAUAUGGGCUCCGUGGGUCGAGUAGUAAUUUCAGAUACUCCAUCUGGAAAUCACGACAUGUUCUUAGAUUUGAAAGGAACCAUAUACAAGACAACCAUAGUUCCUUGCAGGACAUUUUGUGUUGUUAGCUUUGGUCAGUCAGAGGCAAAGAUAGAAGCAAUUAUGAAUGACUUUGUUCAGCUGAGUGCACAGUCCAACAUCAGCGAAGCUGAAACCAUGGUUGAAGGAACACUUGAUGGUUUCUCAUUUGAUUCGGAUGAGGAGCCUGACAAGAUAACAAAAGCCACUGCCCAUCAAAUUGAUCAGAAAGAUGUCGCAGAAGGAGAGACUGUUGGGAAGACCAAAAGGAAAUCUGAGAAAGCAUCAGGAUUGCCUCGGAAGAAAGGUAAAACUACGGGGAGCAAGCCACAGCCUGCCAAGAAAGCUCGGAAGAAGAGUCAAGUUUCCAAGAAAGGCACGGCCAAGAAAUGAAACCCGCAUAGAGUUGAAACAUUUGUGCGCCUUGAUAGAUUAAUUAACAACUGAAAAUCUUGGACACGUAGUUUAUCAUAGUGACCCAAACUAGGAGGCAUUGAUUGAAUUAUGUAAAACAGGUUGCAUUGCAGAACAGCAAGAGCCUUUGUACCAGAAAUGUUAGAAGCUUUACGUAGCUUGUCAUUUAAAACACGUAGACUUGUUUUUGCAAUAUAAAUGCCAAAUACUCCACAAGAAGCUUUACAUAGCUCGUCUAAACUUCUGUGUUCCAAUUAGAAGCUGUAAUAGUGAAGAACUGGCGCGGGGGCAUAUGGCAAUAUGCUUUAUAAAUAAUGGACUACGGAAUCCUCCUUUUCUU